AAUUCUACUCUACUUCAUAGAUUUAUAUACAUUCAAAUAUAUGUUUUCCUUAUUACAAGGACUGUGGAAGUAUUUGUUUCAGAAAGAUGAGUAUUUUAUUUUGAUAAUUGGUUUGGAUAAUGCUGGAAAAACUACUUUGUUUGAACAACUGAAAAGAAAGUAUUGUCUUACAAAAUAUGGAGGAAUUCCUUUUGAAAAAAUAGCACCAACAGUUGGAAUGAAUAUGGGUAAAAUUGAUUUAAAAACAGCUGUUUUAGUUUUAUGGGAUUUAGGGGGUCAAGAUGAGCUCCAAUCAUUAUGGAGUAAAUAUUUUUCAGACUGUCAUGGUAUAAUUUAUGUUAUUGACUCUUCUGAUACACAUCGCUUUGAGGAGUCUUACAAGUGCUUUUCUUCACUCAUAUUGGAUGAACAGUUAAAAGGUGUUCCUCUACUGGUACUUUCAAACAAACGAGAUAAAGCUAAUUCUGUAAAUUCUGAAGCAAUAAAAAAUAUUUUUAAUCAUAGUUCUCACAAUAUUGGUCGAAGGGAUUGCAUGCUACAUGAGGUGUCAGCAUUAAAAGGAGAAGGUAUAACAGAGGGUAUAGAAUGGAUGCUUCAAUGUGUAAAGCGGAAUGUUAUUCGUCCUCCUAAGCAUGAAGAUAUUAUUUAAAACUUUGGAAAAAAAAUUAAAAGAAGUUUUGUAUAAAAUAGGGUAUCAGCAUAUAGAAAAAUAACAACUUUUUUUAGUCUUUAGCUCGAAGAUAAUAUUUUACAAAGCUUAAUUUUUGUGUAUAUUUAUAUAAAUUUAUUUAAGUUUUGACAAUUUUAAAUGAUUGUUUUAUAUAAAUAUUAAAUUUAUUUAAGUUAGUGUUAAAAGAAAUGGAAUAAAAGCUCAAAAUAAUUAUAAUUAAAUACUUAGUAUAAAAAUUAAUUUUUUUUAAAUUUGUAUAUUUAGGCUUUAAAUUGCAACAAUCGUUUUUGUUUUAAUACAGGUGUGAAUCCAAGGGGAAGCGUCAUGGGAAAUAUCUCAAGGUCAAGGGGAAAAUAUUUUUAUACCAUAAAGAAAAUAAAGAGUUUAAAUAUUUUAGAAGAUAUGUACGGUAUAUCUAAGCCAUGCUUGUUAACAUGCGUUUUGCAAUAGUAUAAUUUUUAUGUUAACUAGUAUUUGCAUUUUUAAAUUUGUCAAUGUAUUCUUUUGUGUCUUUAUACUAAUAUCUAUGUGUA